CAAACUGAAACAACAACAUUCUCCAACACAACAACAACAUCAACAACACAACAAACACUCCUUGUUCCCACCUUAACUUCCCCGAAAUGUUUCUCUCCCAAUUUCUCCUUAAUCUCACUCACUAUUAAUAAAUUAAUCAGAGAAAUAGCUAUACAAAGACACAAUGCAUAAGAGUGUUACACCAGAAUCGCGUUUAGUUCUUGAUUUGGCGUCCCAAAUUGGUCGCUUCACCUUCGAUUCUUCGCACCUCGACUUGGGUUCUGACACGUGCUCCUCUGUUCUCUCCAAUUUCUUGCACUUCAAUGGAAGGGCUGGAACGAAACGCAGCGUUUCGCUUAGCUUGAAGGGUGGAGGAGGGGGUAUUCGGUUUAGGAACAUUCUCAACGAGUUCAACAGAGCCGUUAGGUUCCACUGCGAGAGGAUUCCUAUUGGGUUUGCUUCGCUUCGUGUUGGUGACGGUGGUGGUAACGGUGAGGGUAACGGUAACGGUGAAGGUAAUGGGGGCAGAGAAGGUGGGUGUGGUGUUGUGGAGGAUGAUAGGUUGGCGUUGAAUGGUGCUGAGGGUGAGAGCCCCAAAAAGGUUUUGAUUUUGAUGAGUGACACUGGUGGGGGCCAUCGAGCUUCUGCGGAAGCCAUCAAAGCUGCUUUCUAUGAAGAAUUUGGAGACGAUUACCAGGUUUUUGUCACUGAUUUGUGGUCUGAUCACACGCCUUGGCCGUUCAAUCAACUUCCUAGGAGCUAUAGCUUUUUGGUGAAACAUGGGCCGUUGUGGAAGAUGACCUACUAUGGAACUGCCCCACGUGUAGUGCACCAGUCUAAUUUUGCUGCAACUGGUACUUUCAUAGCUCGUGAGGUCGCUAAAGGCCUAAUGAAAUAUCAGCCUGAUAUAAUAAUCAGUGUGCAUCCACUGAUGCAGCAUGUUCCACUCCGGAUUUUGAGGUCAAAGGGUCUUUUAAAGAAAAUUCCUUUUACCACAGUUGUCACAGAUUUAAGCACAUGCCAUCCAACCUGGUUUCAUAAGCUUGUAACUAGAUGCUAUUGUCCUACAACAGAUGUUGCGAAAAGGGCAAUGAAAGCUGGACUCCAGCAAUCUCAAAUAAAGAUUUUUGGUCUACCUGUUCGACCUUCCUUUGUUAAACCUGUCCGGCCAAAGGAUGAACUAAGGAGAGAAUUAGGGAUGGAUGAGGAUCUUCCUGCUGUAUUAUUGAUGGGGGGAGGUGAAGGUAUGGGCCCCAUUGAGGCUACUGCUCGGGCACUUGGAGAUUCAUUACAUGACGAAAAUCUUGGGACUCCUGUAGGUCAGAUCCUUGUGAUCUGUGGUCGCAAUAAGAAGCUUGCUAACAAACUGAAUUCUAUUAAUUGGAAGGUUCCUGUGCAGGUCAAAGGAUUUGUUACGAAAAUGGAGGAAUGCAUGGGAGCUUGUGAUUGCAUCAUUACAAAGGCGGGCCCAGGGACAAUCGCAGAGGCCAUGAUCCGAGGCCUCCCCAUAGUUUUAAAUGAUUACAUUGCUGGGCAGGAAGCUGGCAAUGUCCCCUAUGUAGUGGAAAAUGGAUGUGGGAAGUUUUCUAAAUCGCCUAAGGAGAUAGCAAAAAUUGUUGCAGAGUGGUUUGGUCCAAAAGCUUACGAACUACAACAAAUGUCACAAAAUGCAUUGAGGCUAGCAAGGCCAGAUGCCGUGUUCAAGAUUGUUCAUGACCUUCAUGAACUAGUUAGACAAAGAAGCUUCCUACCAGAGUAUUCUUGUACAGCUUAAGUCACAGAAAGGUUAUUUUUUGUGCGAGUAUUCCGAGAAAAAUGUACAAGGCAGGGAUGAUGUAGCACUAGCACAAAUACGUGUAUUUUCUUCCCCCGUUUCAACAUUAUUUUUCGGAUCUUAAGUGGAAAAUUUUAAAUUUAGUUUUCACUGCUUCUU